AUGAGUGUCCAGAAUUCCUCACCAAACAUUCUGGAAGGCUACGUUGCUAUUGAUGGCCCGGACAACAUCAAGUAUGUUGUCCCCCGCUUUAUAAUCUCCUCAUUGGAGAAUGAUUUGGCAGCCUUAGGUGCUAAAGAGGAUGCCAAUGUUGUUACUGCCGACCUGACUCGAUCUUUGACCGAUAAUGAGAUGCUCACACUUCAUGCCGAGGUGUGUGCUUUGCAGAAGAGUCUUGGCAUUUCGUAUCAGGAUGCCGCGCAUCGGCUCUAUAUGGCGGAGGUCGCAAAAUUGAAGGUGGCGGACGGGGAUAGGAGAUAUCAUGCAUACAUGGAUCGAUGCAUGACCAAAACUCUCAUCAAGUUGGAAGAAAGGCAUACCUUCCGUGAAGAUCUUAGAAAGUAA